UCUUCCAGCUGUAUCUCUGCUUUCCAAUGCCUCUCCAGAAGAUUUCAGCACUUGUUGAUGCCAUUUGCAGUUUUGUUAUCUGCAAUGACUCCUCCCUUCCCCGACAACCGAUCAUUUUCAAUCCAGACUUCUUUGUUGAGAAGCUGCGGCAUGAGAAACCAGAGGUGUUCACAGAGCUCGUGGUCAGUAACAUCACCCGGCUGAUUGACCUUCCUGGAGCAGAGCUGGCUCAGUUGAUGGGAGAGGAGGAUCCCCAGCUGCCUGGUGGGACUGGCGUCACCUCGGGGUUUAUCCGUUCCCUGAUGUCUCUGAAACGCAAAGAGAAAGGGUUGGUGUUUGGAGCUCCUUUGACUGAAGAAGGCAUUGCUCAAAUAUCUCAACUGAUUGAGUAUCUGCACAAGAAUCUGCGGGUGGAAGGCUUGUUCCGAGUGCCAGGAAACAACGCCAGGCAGCAGAUCUUGAAAGAAGCCUUGAACAGCGGGGCAGCGAUUGAUCUGGAUUCUGGGGAGUUUCACUCCAAUGAUGUGGCCACUCUGCUGAAGAUGUUCCUUGGAGAACUACCAGAGCCCCUGCUAACCCAUAAGCAUUUCCAUGCACACCUCAAAAUUUCAGACCUGAUGCAGUUUGAUGACAAGGGCAACAAGACCAGCAUUCCAGAUAAAGAGCGUCAGAUUGAAGCACUGCAGCUGCUCUUCCUAAUCCUACCGCCCCCGAAUCGCAACUUGCUAAAGCUGCUCCUGGACCUCCUUUACCAGACGGCAAAGAAACAGGACAAGAACAAAAUGUCGGCUCACAACCUGGCUCUUAUGUUUGCACCCCACAUUCUGUGGCCUCGAAAUGUGACCACCAGUGACCUGCAGGAGAACAUCGCCAAGCUGAACAAUGGGAUGACUUUCAUGAUUAAGCACUCACAGAAAAUCUUCAGGGCUCCAUCAUACAUCCGGGAGUAUGCCAGACAGUAUUAUUUGGGCUCCAGAACACAUGCCUCCAAGGAUGACAUGGACUUGCCCAUGCCCCGGGGUUUCAGAGACUUCCAGCCCCUGAAGUUCAAGAGGCGGGGGCUGUUGGAUCCUUCUGCCCACCAGGAAGAGACCCAUCAGCACACAGAGGAGGCACUGAAAGAGCUGUUCCGCCAUGUUCAUAAUAUGCCAGACUCUGCCAAGAAAAAGAAACUCAUACAACAGUUUCACAAACACUCUGAAGCUCUCACUCCUGGAGGUACACCCACAACUCAGAAGCGGACACGUACCCGUUCUUUCAGCGGCCUCAUCAAGCGUAAGGUGCUGGGGAGUCAAGUGUCCUUGGACAAAAAAGAGAAAGAUACUGUUUUGGAACCAAUGGGCACCAAGGAUCCAAAGCAUGGCAGUAAGGAGAAUAUCAAAGUGUUACAGAAAUCUGGUUCCUCUCCAACACUCAAUGUGAUUCGAGCAAGACUCAAGUCCUUUGAGAGCAGGAAAGAGGCCGCCUGUAAACGUACUCACUCUCAUUGGUGUUCAGCGGAGGAGUCUUCCAUUUGAGCAUCCACUCGAUGGUUUCCAUAUGCAGCAAAGACUUGCAAACCUGUGAAUAAUGCCUGCUCCCCCAAUCUGUGAGCAAAUGUCUGUGCCAGAGCUCCCUGAUCCCUUUAACUCCACUCACUGGAGCCUGGCCAACUACUGAGUAUCUGCUAGAACAAGACUUUCUUCCGUUGAGCAUGGAGGAGGAAACCACUAUCUGUCUGAAAUGCAA